UCCAGUUUCCACAUUCCACAGGUGGCACUGCUCUCUCUCUCUCUGUGUUUUAAAUGGAGAAGAAAGGAGUGUGUGUCUGUACUCUGACCCUAUAAGAGCAGAUAAAAUAGUCCUUGAAUCCCUCAGCGGUUUGUUUUUUAGGUUUGUUCCUCUUCAGUGAUCGAAAUCAGAUGAGUUCUAAAAAGGAUCCUGACGGUAUGGAGCUCGGUGAGUGCACCAGGAACCCGGGCUAUCAGGAUGAGGACGGCGGCGGGUCAGUGGCCGACACCAACACCGGCGUCCCGGGGGAGAAGGAGGAAGACUCCGCCGCGGUGAAGCUGGACUCGGCUGAGGAGUACACGCAGCUCAAACCGUACGCCGGGAUGCCCAAGGAGGUUCUGCUGCUGUACUCCUCUCAGGCCCGGUACCGAGUACCCAGAGAGAUCCUGUUCUGGCUGACGGUGGCCUGCACCUUAACGCUGGUGGCGCUCACCAUCACGGUGAUCGCGCUGUCGCCGCGGUGCCUGAGCUGGUGGCAGGUCUCUCCGGUGUACCAGAUCUACCCCCGGUCCUUCAAGGACUCGGAUGGAGAUGGAGUUGGGGACCUCAAAGGAAUUCAGGAGAAGCUGGAUCACUUUGAGUACCUGAACAUCAAGUCCAUUUGGAUCAGUCCUUUCUACCGCUCUCCCAUGAAGGAUUUCGGCUACGAUGUGGAAGAUUUCCGGGAUAUCGACCCGCUCUUUGGAACCAUGGAAGACUUUGAAGAGCUCUUGGCUGAAAUGCACAGUAAAGGUUUGAAGCUGAUCAUGGAUUUCAUUCCCAAUCACACCAGUGACCGACACCGCUGGUUCAACUUGAGCCGGACUAGAGAUCCCCACUACGAGGAUUACUACGUCUGGACUGACUGCAAUGCGUCUGCUCCAAAGCCUAAUAACUGGGUGAGUGUGUUUGGGAACUCAUCAUGGACUUAUGAUGAAGUUAGAGGACAAUGCUACCUGCACCAGUUUCUCAAGGAGCAACCGGACUUGAACUUCAGGAACGAACAUGUCCGCAAGGAGAUGAUUGAUAUUAUUCAUUUCUGGCUGAAGAAAGGAGUGGAUGGUUUCCGGAUGGAUGCGGUGAAGCACAUCCUGGAGGCCGCACACUUGAGGGAUGAACCACAGGUGGACCCUAACAAACCUCCAGAGUCUAUAACUACGGAGUGGGAUCUCUACCACGACUACACCACCAGUCAGCUCGGCUUGCAUGACCUGCUGAGGGGGUGGAGGGCUGAAAUGGACAGCUACAGCCGCGAGCCUGGCAGAUACAGGUUCAUGGUGACAGAGUCGUAUGAUUAUCACGAGGUGGACAAGACCAUGAUGUACUAUGGCACCCCACUGGUUAAAGAAAGCGACUUCCCCUUUAACUUUUACCUGCUGGACCUGCCUCACAACACCAGUGGCUUGUGGGUUAAGCAUCUGGUCCACCUCUGGAUGGGCAACAUGCCCAGAGGACAAUGGGCUAACUGGGUGGUUGGAAACCACGACAGGCCUCGAAUCGCCUCCAGUGCUGGUCAGACCUAUAUUCGUGUCAUCAACAUGCUGCUGCUGACCCUUCCAGGCACACCCACCACCUACUAUGGCGAGGAGAUCGGCAUGGAGAACAUUAAUGUCACAGACAGUCAGAUACAAGACCCUGCUGGCAAAUACAAUGCAAGUGCCAGUCGAGACCCUGAGCGGUCUCCAAUGCAGUGGAGCAAUGACAUGAAUGCAGGCUUUAACAACAAAACCAACACCACCUGGUUGCCUGUACACCCCGACUACAGGACUAUCAAUGUAGAGGUCCAGAAGCAAGAUGAAGACUCUGUUCUGUCUCAGUACCGUUCCCUGAGCAAGUUGCGUCAGUCACACCUCCCUCUUCACCGAGGAUGGUUCUGCUACGUCCAUGCUGACGCCAGUGUCUUCGCUUACCUCAGAGAGCUGGACGGACUCAACCAAGCUUUCCUCAUAGUGCUGAACUUUGGUAAAGAAUCUGUCGCCACAGAUCUCUCCUCGAUUCGUGAGUUACCAGACCAGCUGGAGGUGCUGAUGAGCACAAACCAAGAUAACCGUGGCAAAGUGUUGCAAAAGUCUCGGAUUCUGACAGGAGCAGGUGAGGGUUUGGUAUUUGAGUACUACACCCACACUCGCUUUAACCCUAACCACCCCGCACAGUGCUACAUCUCUGAGAAGGCCUGUUAUUUGAGGGUCAUGGACAUACUUUAUACAUGCUAAUAUGAAUGGACAGUGGCAUUCUUUGCAUUCCACGCAGUAACAACCAAAUCAUAAAGGUUGUUCUUUGUUGUCUUCUCUGUAUGGCAUUUAUAUCAAAUAAUAAAAAGGACCAUUGCAGAUA